AUGGAUCUGGCCUACAACCAGCACGCGGAUCGUGCCCGCCGCAAGAACCGCUCCUCCACCAACGUCAACCACCUGACGCUCGCGCCGCUGACGGUCAAGCUUCCGCUCAACGACCCCGAUUCCAUCGCCGACCUGUCCAGCGGCCCCGUCAUCUCGUCCUACCUCGAGGGCAAGUCGGCGCCCACGACGCCGCGUUUCCUCGGCCACGCCGCCGCCACGCCGCGCUCUCGCUCGCACCAACGCCACGGUAGCGAGUCCAUGGCCAAAAGCCGCUCCUCCACCCAUCUGCCCGGCCGCAGCAGCAGCAGCAGCAACAGCCGACAUCCCGGCUCCGGCGCCUCGACGCCGCGCAGACGACGCGCGGCCGCGGAUGAGCCGACCCUGACGAGCCGCCAUCGCAACGAUAGUGACUGGAUGCUGCGCACCGGCGCCCUCAUGAGCUCCGAGGCCCGCGAGUACAAGGGCCAAGCCUGGCUCGUCUCGCGCCAGAGCUCCACGAGCCUCGCCGCCAUGCAGCGCCACCCGGACGAGGACGUUUUUGAGCAGGAGCUGGCCCGCGAGCGGCACCACCACCGCCGCGGCAGCUCCGCUGUGGCUGACGGCGAUGACCUCUCCUCGCCCGCCUACAGCCGCCGCACAAGCCGCUUCGCCAGCCGCGCCCAGAGCAUGGACCCCCGCAGCGCGGCCCUCACGCCGAUGGAUCGAGGCGCUGGCGGCAGCGACUCGUACUUUUCCGCAGACGCAAUCUCGGGCCCCGACUUUGUCAACCUCGACCAGAAGCUUGAGGAGCUCGAGCGCGACGACGAGCUCGACGACGAGGCCGCCAUACGCCGUCUCAUGCGCGAGGGCAAGGCUCUCAGGGGCUCCUGGAUCGCCAGCUUCAUUGGCUGGUCCCUCUUUGAGGAGGACGGCGAGGAUGACGAGGACGAUGAAGAGGAGGAUGACGAAGAAGAUGGUGGGCGCGGCGUGCAAACACCAAGACACGUUGAAGGCGUCACAAAUAUGCCGUCGGUAAAGCUGCCGCCGCCCAAAGAGGGCGAGAGCAGCUGGAAUGAUGCCGCUUGGCUACUGAGUCUUGCUUCAAAAGUUUUAUUCUAA